GGCAAGUGGGGCGCGACGCGGGAAGGACGUUGUCACGUCAUAGCGGUCACGUGCGAGCAAGCGUGGCUCACUGCGAGAGAGAGAUUCCGACGGUUGUUCUUAUCCGCGACCUCCGCGCCUCACUUAUUGUACAUACUUACUACAUCAAAAGAUUAUGAUAUGACAUUUGUCAAAUUGUUGAACAAAUAUCUAUUCUCUUAUUAAAAAUAAAGGACAAUGGAAUUUUUACAGAUCGUCAUCCCAUACCGUGCCUUAUUUUGACGCCGCCGCCCCGUCACAUGACAUGACUGCCUAGGCUAGCUGGUACCGGCCGGCGCGCACACCUCGAUCAGUCAGACCGGUCGCGAACCUCUCGCGUUGAUAACGCUAGCUACGCGUCGGACCUACCUACAUGCAGUUAAACACGAUAAGAAUAACUAAUCGCAGUGCAUGUUUGACAAAAAUGGAUUGCCAGGACCUAACUUAGAUUAUCAAAUACUAGUGUUGUAACUGUAUCAGUGAUAUUAUUAUUUUCACGAAUUUGUUUUUGAUGUGCCAGUGUUGACACAGUGAUAUUUUGUUUUUGUUGUGCGAUAAGUGAAUAUGGAAACACGACAUUAUUGGGAGGAAAACGGACAUGCCGUUAAAUAUGACAACUACAACUCUAACGACGGGUUUGGCAGAGUCGCAGACCAGCUUAACUUCGCUGCGCCAUCGGAGGACGAGGCCGAGUACCCGCCAGGCGCCUAUCUCAAGAAGGGGAAGCAAGAUCCCAUGUCACAUCGAAUCAUUGAGAAACGGCGGCGGGACCGCAUGAACAACUGUCUAGCUGAUCUCUCGCGGCUCAUACCGCCCGAGUACCUGAAGAAAGGUCGCGGAAGAGUCGAGAAGACCGAGAUCAUCGAGAUGGCCAUCCGACAUCUCAAGUACCUGCAGGAGAGAGCCAAUGCUGGUGAGAGGCAGGUGGGCGCGGAACACUUCAGAGCGGGCUACCACGAGGCCACGGCGGAGGCGGUGAGGUUCCUCGUCGAAGUGCAAGGCUACGGACCAGGCGACGGACUCUGCGUGCAGAUGGCCUCGCACUUGCAGAGGCAUUGCGAAGGUGUUACCAAAGCAGGAGAGCUGCCGGCGCGCGAGAAGCCACGGUCGCACCCUGGGUCCUCAUCAGAGACGGCGAGUUCCUCUAGCAGUUCUCACGGCUACGCGGUGAAGCAUGGAGUAAUUGCUCAAGCCCCACCCCCCGCGCCACCCACAUACCCCCCGGACCCAUAUGACUCGGAGCGGCAACAUGAACAGUUCCCUAUGGAAUGCGACAGAGCUGUUAAAAGUCCAUUUUUCCCGCCAGUUGCGCCGGCCCCGGCGGCGGAUGGGGAAGCGAUGACUGAAGAUGAGCCUUUACCCCUGGACGGCCGCCGCAAACGCGAACCCACGCUCCGAACCGUGAGGAAACCGGAGCAUAGCGAGGAUUACCUGCAUUCGUACAAGUUCAAGAACUCCAUUGAAAGGCGGUUUUCGAGGUCACAGGAUAACGAAGCGGCAGAAAAUGGCACCCGACCGACGCCGCACGGCAAAGUGUACAACAAGCGACGGCGCGCCGCCAAGCUGACUCCUUCAACGUCCACCUCGGGCUCCACAGAAGAAACUAGAGACACCUCGCCACAGGACACUUCAAGCGAGUCGCCACACCAUCAUAACAGCUACGAGAAGCCUCCUCCGCCAACACAGUAUGUUCCUGUGUUCGCUUUGAACUCCUUAGGAAAAUACUACGUCCCUCUAAGUGUGGACUACGCUUGCUUGUCGCGACACCUGGGCCCAUACGACGUUCUGGACGCGAGGGCAGUUCACCUCGCGGCGCCGCUUCACCCCGUCACGAUACACGUCAACUUCCAGCCCUGUCUCAACUAUCACGUGAAACGAGAACCUAACGAUCGAGACUGGCGGGCUGUAUAAGUAAACUUAAUUAGGUUAAGAUGCAUUUUAUAGUUUCUGUGCCUCGUUGCGUUUACAAGUAAAAAUGUCACAUUUGACAUUAGAGAGUUGUCGCUGAAAUGUUUCAGAGAUUUAAAAAUGGAAUUUGAAACCGUUUUGUGAAAUCUAAGGAAGUUACCGUAAAUACGAGAAAUUUAAAACUUCAUUCUAUUCCUAAGAGCUAUGCAUCUAUAAAUAUACAAGCGACGGAGACACUUGGUACCCAAAGAUGGUCAUGGCUCUUACACCUACUUAUUUAAGAAUGUAUUAAAUAUACAGGAUAUAAGAUCCUAAAAAUUUGGUACCCACCUACCAUAACUUUCAAUUAUAUAACAAAAGCAUCCUGAGGUGGUUGCUUUCUUUGAUGUGAUUAAAAUAUUGAAACUUCCUAGUAUUUAAAAAUGUAUGGUCCAGUCUAGUCAAUGGGCGGUACAUGAAAACCCUAAUUUUAUGUAAAACAUCAAUGGCGGAUACAGGAAUUUGGCAUAGGAAUAUAUAACCUAAUGCUCAUUACAUAUUUGUAUCAAAGAAUAUUUUCUCCUUACCUGUAACUGCAAGGCUAGGAUCAAGUUAAUUUAUGAAUCCAUGUAGAAUCCUAGCAACAACGGAAAAAUGGGAAGCUACGGCCCUUAACUCAUGGAAGGAUCCAGCUCCGGCAAGCAAUAUACGAACUGAUAAAUAAAAUAGCUGGUAUGCAAGAAAAUACUACAGUGCAAUACCAAUGUGAUUUUUUCAGUUAUUCUGGAUGUGGACAAAGUAUCAGUGUUCUUAGUUACGGCUGUGAUAGUAACGAUCGUAGUCAAGACGUUACAAGAUAAAAAAGGUUUGGAAACAAUAUUUUGAAAAGAUUUCCCAAACUACCUUUUUUAUUCCUAAAAACAUGAGCAGUUAUCUAACUAAAAUCUAUAAGAAAUAUUUUUAGAGUAUAAGAGCGCUGCCAUACUUUUGGCUUUUUUAUUUUAAAAUAUUGUUUCGAAAAAUAAUUAUAAGUAUUUUUAAUUAAUGUUAUACAUUUACCUUGAUUGAGGUGGAUCGAAUUUCAGUGUGUCUGCUCAAGUAGACCUGCUAAAAGACUGAGGUUUUUUUUUAUUUUCGGCGAGUCAAUAUUCGUGUGGGUUAUUUGUUUUUUUUUUGUUAAUUUCUUUACAAUAUUUAUUAUUAAAAAUAUGACUUUUUCAUAAUAAGAAACCAAAAAAGUGCCUGCUCAAUACUUUCAAAAACGUAAUUGAAAUCUUUCAACGCAAACGCGUGACCUACACGAAUAUUUCUUCAAUAACACGAUUGGGGUGUCAAAUUUUACGUAAUGUUAGAUUUAUUUUUCGAUGUUAUUAGCGUUAGAGGAACCCUUGUCUUGUUAUAUUCGCAUGGCUUGUAGGUUCCUUUAACACCUCAUAUGUUAGCCUGUUAAAUAUCUACUUUAUAUAUUGUAAAUACAAAUGUUUAAGCAUUAUAUGUGAAUUAUUUUAUC